ACUGUCUGAAAGCGGGGCGGUGGUCUCAAUAGUCAAUCAGGAUGUGUUGGGGUGGAUCUCAUUGUAUAACAGGUUAGGUUGCACCUCUUAAAACGCUGAACACUGCUCUGUUCGCGCCGGGAAUAUGGUGGUGUGUCAGUAAGUUAAGUUCUUGGGGUAGACGUACGCGCAAUUCAUCUGUCUACGUACCGAAUUUCCCCAGCGUUUAGACUGCAUCCAAAACCGUGACGGCAGCUUUUAACCAGCGUUGCGAUUUCCUUUGGACGCCUAAUUUUGCGCACGAAGAACGCAACCUAAAAAACCCAUCUCGCCUUGUUGUCAGGAUGCCUAAUAUUAAGAUAUUUAGUGGCAGCUCCCACCCUGACCUUUCACAAAAAAUAGCCGACCGCUUGGGAUUGGAACUUGGAAAGGUUGUGACUAAAAAAUUCAGUAAUCAGGAGACGUGUGUUGAGAUCGGAGAGAGUGUUCGUGGAGAGGAUGUUUACAUCGUGCAGAGUGGUUGUGGAGAAAUUAAUGACAAUCUUAUGGAACUUCUCAUCAUGAUUAAUGCAUGCAAAAUUGCUUCUGCAUCCCGAGUUACGGCAGUCAUCCCAUGCUUUCCCUACGCCAGGCAGGACAAAAAGGAUAAGAGCAGAGCUCCCAUUUCAGCCAAGUUGGUUGCAAAUAUGCUGUCUGUUGCUGGAGCAGACCAUAUCAUUACAAUGGACUUGCAUGCUUCCCAGAUCCAGGGAUUUUUUGAUAUUCCAGUGGAUAACCUUUAUGCUGAGCCUGCUGUGUUGAAGUGGAUCAAAGAAAAUAUUCCAGAAUGGAAAACGUGCACUAUUGUCUCGCCUGAUGCUGGAGGUGCAAAAAGAGUAACUUCAAUUGCUGACCGCUUAAAUGUGGAGUUUGCGCUGAUCCACAAGGAGAGAAAGAAGGCCAAUGAAGUAGAUAGGAUGGUGCUGGUUGGAGAUGUAAAAGACAGAGUAGCCAUUUUGGUUGAUGACAUGGCUGACACCUGUGGUACUGUUUGCCAUGCUGCUGACAAGCUUUUAUCAGCUGGCGCUACUAAAAUUUAUGCCAUCUUAACACAUGGAAUAUUCUCUGGUCCAGCCAUUUCCCGCAUAAAUAAUGCAUGCUUUGAGGCUGUUGUUGUAACCAAUACAAUACCACAGGAGGAAAAAAUGAAGCAUUGCUCUAAAAUUCAGGUUAUUGAUAUCUCUAUGAUUCUUGCUGAAGCCAUCCGAAGAACACACAAUGGAGAAUCUGUUUCUUACCUCUUUAGCCAUGUACCCUUAUAGUGACUGGGGUCUUGUAUUUUUGCAAGCUGUUUUUAAACCAAAAAGAUGUACCGAAGUACUGCUUUUGUGUGCAGCUUUAGCAACAUUACUGCAUAUUUUGAAUAAAGUAGACACUCGUGUCUCAGGAUGAGCCGGAAUUAUAUACCAACAUAUGGAUACUUGCUCUGCCUGUGGUCUUCCUUAGAAGACUGUUAGAUGGCUAGACUUACAUGCAUCUUUAUCCAAUUAAAAAAAUGAACAAUGCAUCGCUACAGAAUCUUUAAACCUACUGUUAUAUAUGAAUAUGUAAUACAGGCAACAUAUCGCUGUUAAGGAAGGACAUUGUGAAAAGUCAGAUCUUCAUCUUAAGUUUCCAUAUUAGUAGCGUCUCUCCAGUAAUUUCCUCAACAUUUCACUAUUGUGGAAGAUCCUAGGCAGAUUCUUGAUCCCAUUUUAUAAUAGUGCACCAGGACGUUUUGAAAGUUGCUGCUGAAUAUCUUGAUGUAUUUGGUACAAAAUGCACCAUGUUUUUGUACAUUAGAUAAAUGUAAUAAGGCCAAGUCAAAAUCAUUUCUCUACAAUAUUUUUUUCAGAUUUAUUUGCAUAUCUCCAUGUUCUACUGAAUUUCUGGAUUAACUUUGUUAGAACAAGUUGUAUAAAAAUAAAUGAGUGUUACCACUUUGUGGUGUAAUUGAAUGCGGCAUAUUGAAAGUAUCAAAUUACCUGUCUUGCUGCAUUUAUUUUUGACUGUUGCAGCAUUGAGUGCAGUGUUAAAACAUGAUUCCUGAAUGCGUGGGUAUCUUCAGUUUUUUGGAGGGGCAGAGGAGCAAUACAAAAUGCAUUUUGUGUUAAAUAUUAGCUUGUUAAACCAUUUAGCCUUAUGGGAGAACAGUGCACCACAUGGAUGACUGUCCAAAGAAAUGUGGUAGGUGGUUUGGACACUUUAAAUUGGCCAUAGGUGUGAGUGUGGUAUAGAAGAACCACUGCGGCAGGACUAGACACCCAAUGGUUCUAGAUGAUGGUCACUGCGGAUGUGACACCCUGACUAUGUGCAGAAAUGAGUGGAGGGAAUGGAUGAAUGUUUCUAUAGUAUCAUUAGCAGUUAAAAGAAUAAUAGCCUUUGUAUGGCUUUCAGAACCAGGAAUUAAAAAAAAGUGGUCUGAAAUGUUGUAAACAUUAGUCUUUUUUAAAUUGGGCAUACAGUCAUGCAUCCUUGUUAGUGCAACUUUUUCUGAAAGGAUUGAGAAAUUUGAAAAAGUUCUACACACAAUAUGCUUUCAAUAUUUACUGUACAGUUUAAAAUUAAUUUGCAUCUGUCGUGUAAAAUCAUAAAUAUGUAUAUCAAGAGCCUUAAUUGCCCAUUCCUAACAUUCUGAAAUGGCAUUAUUCAGUCUUUUGGACAGUAUUGUUUUCAUAAAAAGUAUACAUUUUGGAAGUGGGAGGGUGGAGAACCAGAUGGAGAAAACUUUUAUAAAGGAUGUUAAAAACAUUGCCUUGGUCUUCCUAACAGUAUGUAUUGACUAUUACUGCAGUCUUACUUUAUUUCAGUAACUUAAUGCAGAACUUUAGUAGCUUUGGCAUAUGUGAAAGCUUUUUAAUCCUCCCUAAGAGCUUUAGUGAUAGUUCAAAAAAUGUAUGGUCAUACUGGAGCAAAAUCUUGUAUUGGUUAUGUCUUUUUGUGGUAUCCUAAGCUAGCUACACCGAACAUCCAUUUUUAUUUUAACAAUUAACCAGUUAUUGGGUGAAUUAACUGCUGUGUUCCACUGGCUAAAUGAUUUAACAUUCUGUUAUGUCUGUUUAUUUGAUCUUAGAUUUGCAAUUCCCUUUUUUGUAUUCUUCCUAGACACACCUCUCUGACUGUUGUAACAGUUGAAUGCAACAAGGCCACUGCUAAAUUUGUUACAUAGUAUAUUCUUUGCAUCAUAGUUUCACUUUUAUGCAAGGUUUACUACUUGCAAGUACUUUUGACCACUGUAAAUUACUUGUUAUAUUGCUAGGUAAUCAGUAUGACCUCAGGUGUAAAUUUUGAGUGCUGAUGUUUACCAGAUGACAUUGUAAGCAGGCUGAAUUGGUAACUUGCAGUUGUCCUCACUUCUUGAAUUGGUGGAACAUUAAGGAUUAUGAGACUAACUUUUUUUCUGAUAUGUGGCCUUCUGUUUUUACUGCUGCUUUUUCACGCUUGCAAGCUGUGCUUGCAUGGCUAUAAUUGCAGUUGACCAGCCUGUACUGUAUUGAUGUGUACAGUGCAUGUUUAGACAGAAUGAAUGAAAAAUAAAAGUCUAAAAACUCAAGAUUUCACUGAAAUAAUAUUUUGACAUAUUUUCCCCCAGUUUGUGUAGAUGAUUGUUAUAUAAAUAAGGUUGUCUCAGAAUUACAAGUAUAUAUUCUGCUGUCAAGAAGUGUGCGUUUGUAGUACCAGUGCAUCCCCAUGCAAGAGAUUAUAUGCAGAAGGAAUGUAACUCUUGAAUUUAUUUUCUGCCAUUUUAGUCCUUGGAAUGUCUUCAGAAAAAUUGUAAAACAUUUUGUCAUUGUAUUUUAUCUUUAAUGUACUCCAUUGUUGUAUGGUGACUUCUGAUUUGUUUUUUUCUGCUGCGGAUAUUACAGAUGCUAAAUGUUUGCUUGUAUAAGCAUCUUUUUUAUGAAAAAUGUUUGGUCUGUAGAGCCUUUAUGCUUGUCUUUGUGCCUUAGGAAGUGCAAGGAGAUCUAAAAUGUGAAGUGUUGAGAACUGUCUGUGUAUUAAGUAGGCCAGUUUCAAAACUGAAUAUGCCACUUGUAUGAGCUCUGAAUAUUGACUUUUAAGAAUUAAAUUGUUGCUGUUUCAUCAGAAACUGA